CAUACGCCGCCUCCCCCUUCUCAUCUGUUCUUCCCCUCUUGGACCGAACCGAACCGAACCGGACCGGACGAGUUGAAUCCCGACCGACAUCAACACCAGCAGCUUCUUUCCUCGCAAGCUUCCAUCAUGGGGAACUGCCAGCCCACCAUCGUGCCCUACGAGGACUUUGACGUCACCGCCGACAUCAAGACCAUCCGAAAAGCCUGCAAGGGACUCGGCACCGACGAGAAGGCCAUCAUCGAAGUCCUGGCCAACCGCAGCUCCGAUCAGCGUCAGGAAAUCAAGCAGGCCUACUACGACAAGUACGACGACGAGUUGGUGGACGUGCUGAAAAGCGAGCUGUCUGGCAACUUUGAGAAGGCUAUACUGGCCAUGUUGGACCCCCCCAUCAUCUACGCCGUCAAGGAGCUGAGGAGGGCCAUGAAAGGGGCGGGAACUGAUGAGGACGUGCUGGUGGAGAUUCUUUGCACCGCCACCAACGCUGACAUUGCCUUGUUCCGGGAGUGCUACUUUCAAGUGCACGAACGCGAUCUGGACGCCGACAUCGAGGGAGACACAAGCGGCGACGUGAGGAACCUGCUCAUGGCUCUCAUGCAGGGUAAUAGAGACGAGAGCUACGAGGUGGACGAGGAGCUAGCAGAGCAGGACGCCGCCUCGCUCUUUGAGGCGGGCGAGGGUCGCUUCGGGACGGACGAGUCCACCUUCAGCUACAUCCUGGCCUCCAGAAACUACCUCCAGCUCCAGGCUACCUUCAAGAUGUAUGAGCAGCUUUCCGGCACAGAAAUCCUGGACGCCAUCGAGAGCGAGACUUCGGGCACGCUCAAAAGAUGCUACAAAGCUCUUGUGAGAGUCGCCAAAAACCCGCAACUCUACUUCGCCAGACGUCUGCACGACGCCAUGAAGGGGGCGGGGACUGAUGAAGACACGCUCAUACGCAUCAUCGUGGUCCGCUCUGAGUACGACCUAGAGACCAUCAAGGACCUCUACCUGGAAAAGUAUGACGUAUCUUUGAAGGACGCCUUGAGGGACGAGUGCAGCGGCGACUUCAAGCGCCUCCUGCUGGCCAUCUGCCACUGAGGUCAAAGGUCAAACAUUUCCCCUCAUGUUCACUGUGACUUUAGGUUGCUUUGUGUCCUUUUUAAUCGGAAUUGAGUCUGUCUUUGCGCACGUAGUUACUAAUUCACUGAUCCACGGUCAGUUUUUAACCAUUUUAGGGCAUUUGUGAAACAUCCUGGAUGUAUUGGAGGCUUAGUUACGGCACAAUCAAAUAGAAAAACACACAAAUCUGUCUUUUUACAACAACUUGGAGUCAAAAAUUUGACUGUAGCGACCGAUUUUUGUAUCCUACAUCCACGCAAAAAUAUGACCUCACUUUGUGUACUACUACAACAUGCACUGAAGAGCAAUGCGCUCAAAUGUGGUCCGUCACUGUUUUUUUCCGCCCUGCCUGCACACGAAUGCCUCACUGAUUUUCGCAUGCUGUCAUGCCAUUGCUGCUCGUGACGUGAAGUUGAUUUUCUUCCUUUUGAAACGCUUCAAGCAAAAUUGCUGCGUAUUUGACUUGAAAUUCAUCUGUAGUCAGGUUUAAACUCCAUGCAAAAAGUGGGAAAUUUCAGAUUUUGUUCAUGUCACCAGUCCUGGAAGUGUUUUUGCUUAAAGAUCUUUAUGUAAAGUUAUACAAACAGAAUUCAAGCGAGAUUUCAUUUUGUUUUGUAGCAUAAAGAAAUUAUGUAUUAAUUUACAGAAUACUGUAUUUUUUCUAGAAAAACAACGACACCUCACCUUAUAUUCUAUAUUUUUAAUAUUACAUGACUAACAGCUGCUAAUGUCAUCCAUUAAUUGUGUUAUUUAGAGCAGGGGUUUUCAACCCAGUCCUCAAGGCACACUGUGGGUCCUGGUUUUUGUUCCAGCCGAUCCAGCAGAGACAGUUGAACCAAUGAGGCUUCUGCUAAAACAAGCCACACCUGACUGCAAUCAACUGAUUGCACUUGUAAAACACCAGAUUGGGGAAAAAGUGUUGUCAUCUUGUUUGGUAAGAAUGAAAUCCUGCACCCACAGUGUGCCUUAGUGGAAUAGGUUGGGAACCCCUGAUUUAGAGGACUGUAGUGUAUAUGAAGAGUGUGCUGAGAUGCGUUCAAGUACCACCCUUGUCAAAUGCUUGAUGUCAGCUUGGAGUCCAAAUAUGUGCUAAAUAUGCCUUUUUAUUGUCAAGGAAAUAAAAGUUCGCUCAGCAAUGA